UUUCCCUCCAUCGCUGCUGCCAAGCAAUCGAAAAAGAGGCAAGGAAGAAAGGGAGGGAGGAAAAAAGAAAGAAAAGAAAAGAAACUUGUUCCGCUGAGUUCAACCCCAGACAAGCUCACAACUUCCUUCCUGCUUUCCGACCCCCUCCCUCUGCCUCGCUCCCUCCCUCUCUCUCUCUUUCGCACAGUCAACAAACAGGCAAGGCGGCCAGCGAUCAGCCUCUUCCAUUCAGACGAGACGCCCACGACACGCGUGUUUUCUUUGAUUUCGCCCAGGGGGUUUGGGGCUGGCCUGGAGGGACAGGGGAGGAGAUCUCUACAGAGGCCUAAGAAGAGACCAUCCUGAGGAUCUGGAGGAGGAGGAGAGCCUUUCCUGGAGCCUUCUUGUUGUUUUUUGGGAGUUGGAUGUCCAGGGUUUUAUUUUUCUCCAACUCAGGAAAAGAUGUGAAAGGGCUCUGUUGACCCAGUUGUGGAUGGAGCCGCGGGAGGCUGGACGCUGCUGCUGCUGCUGCUGCUCCUGCAUCCUGCGCUGCUCUCCCGCGGAGGGCCAUGCUGCUGCUGCGGCAGAAACUAUUGCAAUUGCUGGGCAAAGGCUGAUUUGGGAGGAAGAGGAGGAGGAGGAGGCGGCGGCAGGGGACUCUCCUGUGCCCCGACGGCUGGAGCCAGGACUAUGGCCGUGUCCUGCUAUGCCCUCAACCCCUUGGUGAUGAUGAAGAGCGGCGAGGAGGAGGAGGAAGAAGGAGGAGGAGGAGGGAGAAGGAGCCAAGCCAUGCCCGGGCCUCGACGGCAAGGGCUGCCCAGUCCUGUCCGAAGGGGAGAGAGGCCUAGUAGCCAGAGCACCUUCCCUUCCCCAGCCCCCCCAGCUUUCCUUUUCCCCGAGGAAGAAGAAGAAGAAAGGAAGGAGGCAUCCCUGCCCAGGAGCCCUCGACGGCUGAGCAGCCCCAGUUGGGCCAGCCCUCCUUCCAGGUCGCCAUCUCCAUCCUCGGCUUCUCGCCUCUUCCAGCGGGAGCUGCAGAACGUCCAAGUCACCCAGAAAGUGGGGCUCUUCGAAGCCCAGAUCCAGGCGGCCUCCUCCGCUGCCAUCGGGGCUGUCCUCCUCAAGAGCCCCAGGAGGAGCAGGAGGAGGGGCUCCCCGCCUUCCUCGCCCCUCCUCGGCUGCCAAGGGGCUGCGGGGGAGCCUCCAAGGCCCCAGCCGUCGGGGAAAGGCUCUCACGGGGCUGGGACUGAAGAGAAGGAGGCCCCCAGGACCCACGAAGGGAGGUUUUCCUGGAACAGAGACGCGAGAAGCACCGAGGCAAGCCUUCUUUGUGGGGCUGAGCUGGGGAGAAGAAAAGGACCGGGGAAAGGCUCCCUCGAAGGGGAGGGCGCCCCAGAGGUGGGCCAGGAGGGCUCCCAGGCGCCCAGGGAUGGCCCCGAGAAGGUGCCUCUGUCGAAACGGAGUGGGUCCUCCGAGGAUUUGGCUUUCUUGGAAGGCAAAGAGGAGAGGAGUGGCUCGAGCACCGAAGCCACUCUGGAACCCCUCGAGGAGCCCCCUCACUUGGCCAGGACAGAAGGCAGGCAAGAGAACCGCUGGCAAACUUCGGAGAGGGAGCAGAGGACAGCCUGGGAGCCCAUGGCUGAAGCCCCCGGGGCUGGACUGGCAGCAGAGCAGGCAGGAGGGGUCCCACCGUCGGGGGAGUCUCCCAAGGAGAAAGAGCACUGCUGCUGCCCAGGAGGAGGAGGAGGAGGAGGACGACUUGGCGGCAGCAGCAGCACUACUUCUACUCCUCCUGCUAGCAGCAGCAUCCCUGCUGUCAUUGUCACUGACCUGGGGGGGGCUCAGGAGGAGGAAGAGGCUGGAGUGGGGGGCAGCCCUCCAAAACACAACCCCGGACGGAAACUCUCCUCUUCCUCGGCCUCUUCGACGGGCUUCUCCUCCUCCUGGGAAGAGUCCGAGGAGGACAUCUCCAGCGACCCUGAGCGCGCCUUGGACCAGAAUCCGGCCUUCCUCCAGACCUUGGACAAGCCCAGAGUGAGUAAGUCAUGGCGAAAGAUCAAGAAUAUGGUGCACUGGUCUCCUUUUGUUAUGUCCUUCAAGAAGAAAUAUCCUUGGAUCCAACUAGCAGGACACGCAGGUAGCUUCAAAGCUGCAGCAAAUGGGAGGAUACUGAAAAAGCACUGUGAAUCUGAACAGCGCUGCUUGGACCACUUAAUGAAUGAUGUUCUUAAGCCUUUCGUUCCGGCCUACCAUGGAGAUAUAGUGAAAGAUGGGGAACGGUACAAUCAAAUGGAAGAUCUCCUGGCUGAUUUUGAUUCUCCUUGUGUCAUGGACUGCAAGAUGGGAGUCAGAACCUACUUGGAGGAAGAAUUAACAAAAGCCAGAAAGAAGCCAAGCCUGCGGAAGGACAUGUAUCAGAAGAUGAUUGAAGUAGAUCCUGGUGCUCCAACUGAGGAGGAGAACUCUCAACGUGCAGUAACCAAGCCCCGAUACAUGCAGUGGAGGGAAACAAUAAGUUCUACAGCAACUCUUGGGUUCAGAAUUGAGGGAAUAAAGAAGGAAGAUGGCACUGUGAACAGGGAUUUCAAGAAGACGAGAACAAAGGAACAAGUCAUGGAGGCCUUCAGAGAAUUUACUAAAGGAAACCAUAAUAUUCUGAACUGUUACCUUAACCGGUUGAAGGGCAUCCGUGAAACAUUGGUAACAUCACCAUUCUUCAAAAGUCAUGAGGUAAUUGGGAGUUCCCUUCUCUUCAUCCAUGACAAGAGAGAACAGGCCAAAGUGUGGAUGAUUGAUUUUGGGAAAACCACGCCACUUCCAGAGGGACAGGUCCUUCAGCACAAUGUGCCCUGGGUAGAAGGCAACAGAGAGGAUGGCUAUCUCUGGGGGAUGGAUAACCUCAUUGAGAUCCUAACAGAAUUGUCUCAGAGUGAAGAUCUGCAUUAAAGCCAAAUGUUCAACUCUGCCACUACCUGGAAGCCAGCCCUUCAAACUGACCCUUCUGAACUGCACUACAAGACACUUUCCUUCCAUCCACCCUCUUCCUUUCCAGAUCUAGAAGUUUAGGAGCUCAUUAUUUUAUUUAAAGUGUAAAUAUGCAGUUAUGUGCCAGAACAAAUACAGAACAUGAAAUUUAACGUAGUCAGAGAAACUGAAUAGCAAUACAGGGUUUUUUAAGUGUUAGCAGCGACUCCUGUCACUGGCUAGCAAAAUGCAUGACUUGCAUCACUUCCCCCUUAAUAGGGUAUUUGGUUCUUAUGUGUCAUCUGUGCCAGCACAAAAAACCCUUUAAUGUAAGAGUUUUAUACAAUUUCCAUAUAUCUCAGCAAAAGAAGAGGUGGUGCCCUAGUCUUGUUUUAACAAUACUUUGCUAAUAGUUGUCAGAGUGAAGGAGAGAUUCAUUUGUAGUUAUGUGCUGCCCUCUCAUGUCCAAUAUGAGCAUAUGAUUUGGGCCACUCAUGUUAAAGCCAUGGCUUCAGAAGGACACUUUGUGGGGAUUAUAUAUAUAUUCUUUUUUCCUGGGUAUUUCCCUCACAAAUGAAACUUUGGAAUCUACCAAGAAAGCCAGGGGACAAUAAAACCAUUUAUAAUUACUAACCUCCUUAAAAGUAGGAAUCCAGAUAUAUGAGUUUAUAGGAACAAUUAAUACCAGGUCUACUUUUCAAUAUAGCCAUGCAAUUUCUUAGCUUAUAACUACUAUGCAAUAUUUGAGUAGUUGUAGCAAUUGCAAAAAUCGGCUUCUGUGGGUUAAAUUUCAUGGUGCAUUCAUUUAGCUGCUGUUAUUGGCUUGAACUCUUGGGGAGAGGUAUUCUUCCCCUAGUUGCCUUAAACAGGGUGGGCAACUUCCCAGGUUCAGGUGGCCGUAAUGGAAAACCCAGAAUGCAGCUGAAGCCACAGCACUAUCACAUCUCAGUAGUGGCAUUUGGAUUUAUCACCACUAUUGCCACUGCUGAAAUUCAUUGAAUACUGUAGCAAGUCUGUAUGGUGCAGCCGAGUGUCAAAACAUCCAUCCUCAGCCUAGAGCUUGGCAAGACUCCAGUGCAGAGUAUCUUCUGUCUUCCUAAAGCAACAAGAAGGCAAGGGAAGGGGAGAAGUGGCCAUGAUUUUGAUGGUGUAGCUGGACCAAUUCAGCAGCAGUGUGCUAUGGGGAGGGGCUCAGAACAGGGGCACUAAAUCAAUAUAUUGUCAGUCCCUGCCUCAAUGUGACCUAGUAGCAUGUCAAAGGAAGGAC